CGACACGACAUCCCCCCACCCUCAACUCCCUCCCUCUCCCUCUUCCUCCCCGCAGCUUCGUUCACCAUGGCCGAAUACAAGCUGUCGGCUUCCCUUCGUGGCCACGAAGACGACGUCCGCAGCGUCAUCUUCCCUAGUCCAUCCACCGUUGCCUCGGCCUCUCGUGAUUCCACCGUAAGGGUCUGGUCUCUCCAGUCAUCCAACCCUCCCAACUUCGACAGCGCCAUAAAGGUACACGGCACCGCAUUCGUCAAUGCUCUGACCGUAGUACCCCCAACAGCCGACUUCCCUCAAGGCCUCAUUGUCUCUGGCGGCAAAGACCAGAUCAUAGAUGUGCGCCAGCCUACGAAAGCCCUGGGUGAGGAUGCCGAUGCCCUGUUGAUUGGCCAUGGAAACAACAUCUGCGCUCUGGAUGCUAGUCAAGACGGGAAGCUGAUAAUCAGCGGUGGUUGGGACAUGGAAGCCAGAAUCUGGACGGUGGGCAAGUGGGGAGAUUCUACGCUGCUGAAGGGUCACCAAGGUUCCGUGUGGGCCGUUCUUGCAUACGACGCAUCCUCCAUAAUAACGGGUUGCGCUGACAAAGAAAUCCGCAUCUUCUCACCCACGGGCCAGCUCACCAAAUCCAUAAAAACUGGCGACGUUGUGCGAGCACUAUGCAGACUCCCUGCCAAUCAUCCCUCGGGAGCACAGUUCGCUUCGGCAGGCAAUGAUGCCAUUAUACGCUUAUGGACCCUGGACGGUCGUCAAGUUCACGAACUGCAAGGGCACGAGAAUUUCAUCUACUCCCUCGCUGCGUCUCCGGAUGGACGUUUGGUCAGCUGUGGAGAGGACAGGACAGCAAGGAUAUGGGAAAACCAGCAAUGUAUCCAGACCAUAACCCACCCCGCCAUUUCGGUGUGGACUGUUGCGAUUUGUCCCGAAAAUGGCGACAUCGUCACAGGUGCAAGUGACAAGAUCGUGCGCGUAUUCUCGCGGGAUCCUGCGCGCCACGCCGCCCCUGCAGCUAUCGCACAGUUCUCUGAUGAUAUCAAAGAAUCGUCGAUACCACAGCAACAAAUAGGGGGCAUCAACAAAGAACAAUUGCCUGGUCCGGAGUUCCUCACCCAAAAGUCGGGUACCAAGGAAGGCCAGACUCAGCUGAUCCGCGAGGCCAACGGUAAUGUUUCGGCGUACCAGUGGUCCACGGCAGCAAGCGAGUGGGUGAGCAUAGGCACCGUUGUGGACCAGGCCGGCAGCAGCGGUCGCAAGAUCUCACACAACGGCAAAGAUUACGAUUAUGUCUUCGAUGUCGACAUUGAGGAAGGGAAACCUCCACUCAAGCUGCCAUAUAACCUGUCGCAAAACCCCUACGAAGUCGCGCGAAAGUUCUGUGAAGACUACAAGUUACCACUCACUUACUUGGAUCAAGUUACCAAUUUCAUUGUCCAAAACACUCAAGGGCAGACCUUGGGACAAUCAGCUCCUGCUCAAGGUGUGGAUCCAUGGGGUUCCGAGUCACGCUAUCGUCCAGGGGAUGCAGCUCCUGAGACUCCCGCCCAACCGCCUGCGUCAAGACCCAAAAUCCUUCCGCAAAAGGGUUAUCUGGAUAUUCUAACCGCAAACCACUUGCCCAUUUUCAAGAAAUUGCAAGAGUACAACGAGGCGCUCGUGAAAGAGGGUCGCAAAGACGUCUCGUUGAACCCAUCAGACAUUGAACACUUGAAACAGGCUGUAGACCGCCUACAAAAGGGCAAUGAAAGUGUUCCGCCCGAUGCGGUAGAUCUAAUUCUCAAGGCCGCUACAGAGUGGCCGGCCGACAAGCGUCUUCCGGCUUUGGAUCUUCUCCGCCUGCUAUUCGCGGAUCAAUACAACACAGCCUUUUUGUUGAAGGAGCGUGAUCUCCUCCAGCGGCUAGGAAAUUCCGGUGCAUUCGAGGCUGAUUCACCGCCAAACAACACCAUGAUGGCGGUUCGGGCCAUUGACAACUUCUUCAAGACUGAGGUCGGCCGGGCUGUUGCUGAUGACGAGUUCGAUCAGAUACUUGGUUUCGUCAAACCCUUUCUUGCGUCUCCGAAUCGGAACCUUGUCAUCGCUGUGACCACGUUAUACAUCAACUACUCUGUUUUCCUAACAGAGCAGGGCAAUGCCGACCGAACGUUGCACUUGUUGGACGACCUCAACAAUAUUUUGCUCUCAGCGAAAGAUUCAGAGGCUGUUUAUCGCGCGCUAGUUGCUACUGGAACGUUGCUCAGCCUGGGCAGUGAUUUCUGUGAAGCUGGUCGGGAUAUUCUUCGGCUUGGCACUGCCAUCACCACCGCCGAAAGCAGAGUCAAGGAGCCCCGCAUCAAAAACGUGGUAGCGGAGAUUCGCGAAAAACUCGAGGCGUGA